AUGUGCUUCGUCCCCGUGAUCCGCUACGCGUGUUGCGGGAGCAUCAUGUACGCCCUCACAGGACUUCCCAUCAUCAGGCCUUGCCGGGCUGCAAUAAUGAACGGAACCAUCAACCGCCUCCGAGACGAUUCCGGAUGGACGGGGUGCUUGGAGCGCCAUUUCGAAGACACGGACUCUCCAACGGCUUUGAAGUUAUGGUUCCCGCUCUUAUGCCACCAAUGCCGAGCCGCUCAGAGGUUCGACGUGGUGCGGAAUAACGCCCGGAAGUGCUCCGAAUUCGUGGAAGAAGCCUUGCUCAGGAUGGAGGACCGCCGCAUCGACAUACCGUCGGCAAUAAAAGCGGCCUACAUGGACGUGAUUCUCCUUCUUCCCGAGGUGGGCGCCUACGCCCGGCUGUCGGUGAACGGUCAGAACGCCGAAGCCGAGAGGACACAGGACUAUGCGAGGGCGGUGACGGCGUACAAGAGAUACCUGAUCGCAAUCGGGUCGCUUUGUCGGAUCCAAUGA